AUGCCGACUUCGAAUACCACGGUAAUACCUGUCACACAAGAAAGAGACUCAGCCAAAUAUAAGCGGAAGUUGACCGACGCAAGGCGCGAACAAAACCGCCGGUCUCAACGAAUAUGGCGCGACAAGCAGAAACAGCUUCGCGACGAAGAGAUCAAUACAAAAGUUCAAGAAAAGUUGAAGCGACUUACUGGUCAAUCAUGCAGCGACUCAACGGUGGAAAUCUCUAAAAAUGCACAACACAAUCCAGCGACCGACACCCUGCCAUUCGUACAAGCUUUUCCCAACGAUGAAGAGACAAGCCAGGUGGAUGCACCAUUAACACACGAAAUACGCCUACCAGAUCCCAUCUUACCGUCUUUGACAGCAGUCUACUAUUUCGUGCCUCCGGACCCAGAUGUCGAGGACAUGCGAUGCAUGUGGGCGGUUCCGGCAGAUACUGGACUCAAAAUGUACAUUCCCCCACCAACUAAAGCACCAUCGAUCCUGAGCCCAUCAUCCAUCUCGAGAUCGGGACAUGGAAGUCUUUCUCCCAAUAUAUCGACUCCAUUCUCUUUAUCAUCGCGCUCUACGACGUCACAGACAAGACCGUCGGAAACUACCUCAACCCUUCCAUCGCCAUACCUCAACAAUCUGUCCCUCGUCGGAGAGUCAUGCUUCGCCGCCACCCUCUCCAUCGCAACGACCCUCGGCAUCACCCGCGCGUCUUACGUCAACGAUCACCCUUCACCAUUUCCGGCAUCAUCGACGCUCGACGUGCAAACCAUCCCCUCCGAUCUCCGCCCGACAGCAUAUCAAAUCAUCCUCCCUCACCCCUGCUACCUCGACUGCAUUCCCUUCCCGCACUUCCGCAACAUGGCAAUCUACCUAUCGAGUCUGGCGCGGCUGGAUCACUGCGCACUAUUUCUCGACAUCAUGCACGACGGUCUCGUAUGCUGGGGCCGCGAGCGCGCAAACGGCGCUUAUGGACGGAGCAUGCGCGACGGCGUGGCGUGGAAUCGGCGCAGUUGGGAAGCCAAGCGCUGGUUCUGGCGGAAGUGGGGAUGGAUUGCUGCCAUGACCAUCGAGGAUAUCGACGCAGGUCUCCCGCAUACCCCAGGAGAAAAUGAGAUCGACGUUGAUGAUGAAGACGGGAUUCUCAGCGGCAGUCAGUGGUGGUGGGCAUUACAGGAUGAGGAGCAAGGGGCGGCGCCGGCCUCCGAGCAAGGCGAACAGAUCGCCGUGCGUGACGCACCAGCUGAGGAAGAAUUGGGAAGUUUCCUCAGUCGCCAGUGGACUUGCCAUGUGGGCAUCCGGCAGACGAAUGAGAAGCAUAUGCUUUACAAGUGGGAUGGUGUGAACGGGCAGAUUCGCCCGCAACCAUUCGACCUUCCAUGA